AUGGGAGAUAAGGAAGGCGUACCGACCCUCAACAUGGCGCUCCACGAUGGGUCUGCUGUGCCUACUCCCUUAGUCGCCCGUUGUGAGGAACUGCGUACUAAGAGGGGUGGACUUCGCCGACAGAGAGGUCGGUUACGGUCUCAGUUGCAGGCUAUCAAAGAGGACAUCCAGGUGAUCUUAGCUGUUCCUGACAACGCUGAAGACCCUACGGUACUUGAGUUAGAACGACGAGAGAAGGUUCACGAAGAAGAGCUGUUGGUGAUUGAAGGAGAACUGGUUAAGGUGGAGGCCGACCUUGCGGAGUGCCUAUCGGUUCGGUCUCGAGAGGGGUCUAUUAGAGGUCUUGAUACUGAGGUUGUUGGUGGAGCUGCUGUCCCGACGUUGACUGCCGGGGCAUUAGCAGGAUUACCAUCCGGUGUUGAAAACACUCGGGAUGGUCGAGUGAAGAUACUACCCCCGGUUGUUGCCUCUGGUGGAUCACCGUCAUCGCCAUCAUCAUCAUCAUCAUCAUCAUCAUCAUCAUCAUCGCCCUCGGCCUUAACUUCUCAUGGUCCUAUACCGGACUAUCGACGAUAUUCUUACGCGCCGGAUCCCCCUUUGGCGUAUUACGCUGGUAGACGUGUCCGAAAGGGGCGUAUUUUGACUGCUGAUGCUGUUGGUAAAAUCCGUUUUCCCAAACUCACUGAUCGGUUUAAACUCAAGGCUCAUCUGGGUGCCUUUGGUCGUCUGCUAGUGGAGGCUGGUGGCGGAAUACAUAUGAGCAGUCGUGGCGAGGAACGUUUCGUCCCAGUGAAGACCCUUGAGUGUACCAUCACCAUUGCAUUCUUAGCAACUCUUGAGGAGAAGAAGGUCAAGGAAGCUGCCCUUGAGAGUUGGUGA